UGGUAUCCAGUAUCACAGUCAUCACUACUGAUUAAAGUUAUACAGUGAAUCAAAUAAGUUUUUCUAAGCUACUGUCGUAUAUUUUAAAUUUCAUUUCUAAAUAUAUUAAUAGUUAUCCUUGUAAAUUUAUAAAUUUGAAAUGAAAAUUCACUCUAUUUUAAUUGUGUUAUUCUCAAUAGUUUAUACAUCAUCUGUUAUCACAGCUGAAGAAAUCAGAGGUAUUUCGCGAACGUAUCUUCUACACUCGGCUUUAGCAAGAAAAUUCCAUGGUAAAAGUGGCGAAAGAAUAAGUAAUAUGAUAACAAAGUUCAAUGAACGAAGAGCAGCAGGUAUUUUGGCACAACCAAGAGUGGGAAGAACGAUGGGAGGAACAAGUCUUAUUAGGUCUGAUGGUCCUGCAGGUUUGGUUUCAUAUCCUCGAGUUGGCCGAUCAGGUCACUCUUCCUCUUAUAUCAACUUGAAUCAAGUAAAUCCUAUUAAAUUGAACCUUGAUCCACGAGAACAAUCUCAUAACUUCAAUUCUGAUGUUUCAAUGGAUCUCGAUUAUCAAGAACGUCUCGACAGCGAUGAAAAAACAUGGAAACCAAUCGACAUUUUAACAAAAGGUGUUCUAUGGGCCGGCAUUAAACCAAGACGUGAAACAAGAACAGAACAAAAACAUUUGAGAUUGUACCGCAGCGAGGGUGACACUGAUGAAAACUGGAUUGCCUUGCCAGUUCAACUGCAAGAUUUUUCAGAUUCAGAGCCGCAGCAACAAUCUUCUCAAGAUGGAUCGAAAAUCACGAGAGAAAUGAAUCAUGCUUGAUCGGAUAUCCUUAAAUCUUAAAGAAUACGCAUUUUGAUUUCCCAAUGGAAGAUAAAUUUAUAAAAAUAAACUAAAUCCAAAGCUUCCAUUGAUUAAUUUCAAUUCUUCACAAUUCUGCGCAAAUAAACCUCAAAGCUGAAAAUAAUUGGCAACUAAUUUAAUUACAUCAGAUCAGAGAAAAUAUAAAUUGACAAUGUAUUUUAAUCAAUUUUUAUAAGUUAAACUAUUAUUGUUAUUCAUAGCAAUGUAUAUUAAAUGAAAAAUUAUGUAUUUUAAAGUUUAUCUAUAUGUGUACUGUUCUAACU